CCUUCUUUAAUGGUCUCUCGCUCUCGCUCUCGCUUUUAUCUUUCAUUCGGUAAACCCUAGUUGGACGAAGCCUUAAUCGCUUCGUCGGCAAGCCCUAGCUCGCUAUAUACACAUAGUUCGUGUAGUUGUUUGGUAGUAGUGGAUCCAAUGAAGCGAGCGGGGAAGGAGUCGAAUCAUGCGUUCAUGUGCGUUGCUUUGCCCAAGAAGGGGCUCUUCUUCAAGUCCAAGGCACGUCGGACGCCCUCCGAGCUUGUCGGCCAAGUCCGGCACCUUCUCAACUACAUGCUCCGCAACAAUGAGCCUCGCGAAGCCAAACGCAAAGAGAAGAUAUCUGAACUGAGUAAACUCUUCCUGGAGAUGAGGACACUUCUCUAUGGUGAUUCUGAAUCAGAGCCAGUACCUGAAACUUGCUCACAGUUGACGAAGGUGUUCUUCGAAGGCGACAUCUUGCGCCUUCUAAUUAACUGUCUUCCCAAACUGGAUUUGGAGGCGCGUCAAGAAGCCACUCACGUGGCUGUCAAUUUGCAAAGACAGCAAGUUAACUCGCGGCUGAUUGCAUCUGAUUACAUGGAACAGAAUGCAGACCUUGUGGAUGUUUUGGUAUUAGGUUAUGGAGAUCCCAAUAUUGCACUAUCUUAUGGUCCGCUGUUGAGAGGCUGCAUUCGUCAUCAAGUUGUCGCAAGGCACAUCUUAGAGUCAGAGCACUUGAAGUUGUUCUUCGACUAUAUACAGAGCCCAAACUUUGAAUUAGCAUCAGAUGCUGCAGCUACUUUUCGAGAACUUCUGACGAGGCAUAAAUCUACAGUUUCUGAAUUCCUUUCCAGAAAUUACCAGUGGUUCUUCCAGGAAUACAACUUGAAGUUGUUGGAUUCUCCUAAUUACAUCACCAGACGGCAAGCCAUCAAGCUCUUAGAAGAUAUACUAGUCAACCCUUCGAAUUCUUCAGUGAUGAUUCAUUAUGUGAGCUCCUUGGACAACUUGAGGAUCCUAAUGAAUCUGCUGAGGGACUCAAACAAGGCAAUCCAGUUAAAUGCUUUUCAUGUGUUCAAGCUCUUUGUCGCCAAUCCACAUAAACCUCGCGACGUCGCUGCCAUACUCAUCGCAAACAGAAGCAAGCUCCUCCAGUUCUUGGGCAGCUUCAAUCUCGACAGAGGUACGCACGCUAAUCUUCCUUCUAUCCGAUCCUUUACAGUCACUCAAGUGAAGACUUACCGACUAAACUCUGUUCGCCUUGCAGCAACCGAAGAGUUUGAAGCCGACAAAGCUCAAGUUGUCAAAGAAAUAGCAGUACUUGAACUCAAAGAUACUCCCUUCCCAGCUUUGGAGAAAUGCGGCAUCGCUUGCUAAUUAACACUGAAUAGGGAAUGCACCAGUAGUUUAGUUUUUAGCAGAACUGCAAAGCAGAUUAUGCAUCAGUUUAGUCAUUUCUAGUUUGUGUGCUUCUGUUUUUUUUUUUUUUUUUUUUUGGGGGAUGUGCAUAUAUAGAUGGUUUUGCAAUGACAAUGUUUAAUUUGUUGUGUUUGAUAAAGAUUAGGGAUGUUUACAGGUCUGGGUAGAUCCAAGAAUCGAACUGAACAAUGCUAUUGGUUCAGUUUUUUUAAUGGUCAAUUUUGGUCAUAGAUCCAAAAGUUUGCACCUAAUAAAAUGCAAUUCCAUUUA